AUGUUGUGGGCAACAAGGCGAGCGCUACAGGCGAUAGUGCGCUCAAAGCGUAGCACGGGCAUCUACGGUCUGGACGUGCACCCUCAGCCCGUUCAGAGCUUGCUACAAACGUACAAGACGACGUUGUCCAUUCUCGAUAGUCAGGUGCCCGCCUCGACGGUGUACAGACAGUCUGUCGAGUCCAUCACGAGAGACCGGCAGGAGAUCAUCACCAAGUAUGCCGGUUCUGCUGGCACGGAAGGCGGAGAGGGUGCGAUCGAGGCGAUCGAGCAAGAGAUCGGGUUAGGUCAGAUUGAGGAGGUACUCAGGAUAGCAAAGGAUGAGCUCUCGCUCGUCAACAAGAUGGCAGAAUGGAAAGCAUGGGAACCUCUGCAGACAAAGCCAGACCAGGGUCAGUGGGAGUACUUCAAGGUCACCGCCUCGACGACCUAUGAUCCUUCCUAG